UACAACAUAUUCGUCGUAUCGCAAUUCGCAGUUAUAGUGUUCCGUUUGUUGUUGCUCACAUUAUUACCACAUUGACUGACGACUGGAUUGUUUAUUAUAUUCAAGGUGCCAUCAGUAUUGCACGUAUUGUUGGACGAGGAACAACCAGAAUUGAAAUCGGAACGAAUUGUUUGAACAGUGCCGGGAAUCUGUGUGUGGUGUUACGAUUUUUUGGAAGAGAAAAGAAAGAAUUUAUUUUGUUUGAAAAAAACAUUCGGUUUUUUUUGGAUUAAUCAAUUUUGUGUGGUUCCAAAAGCGAAUUGUUUUCACUGUUUUUCGAAUAAUUUUGUGACUUAGUCAAUAAUAUGGCGGAAGUAAUUUGUGGUAAAUGCAACGAAACUGUAACCGGAAGGAUCAUUACAGCUCUAAACAAGUCGUGGCAUCCCGAUCAUUUUGUGUGCCUGAAAUGUGAUAAACCCAUAUCCGGAUCAACAUUUAAUGAACGAGAAGGCAGUCCAAUCUGUUCAGAUUGCUUCUUGCAAUACUUUUCCGAAAUUUGUGCUUCGUGUAAAAAGCCGAUCAAAGGGAAAAUCAUCAAAGCCCUCGGACAAACAUGGCACGAAGAUCAUUUUGUGUGCGGCGGGCCAUGCAUGAAACCGAUGUCGGGCGAAUCAUUUUUCGAAAGAGACGGAAAGCCAUACUGUAGAGAGGAUUUCGAGAACAUUUUCGCUGCCAAAUGUAAAGGAUGUGAAAAGCCAAUAUCGGACAAAGCCAUUGUUGCUUUGGAAGCUAAAUGGCACAAGGAUUGCUUUAAAUGCAAGGCUUGCAAGGAACCAAUUACGGCUAACACAUUUGCAGUGGAAGACAACCAACCGUUAUGUACAUCAUGUGCCUAAACUAAUUAUUAGCAUGCUUUUUAACACGAAAUGGCUUUCCGAUAAAUUUUCAAUUCAGUCAAAAAUUAUUAUUUUUUUGCACUUUACCACUUUAAAUUUAAAUAAAUAUUCUGUACACUCUCGAGUCGAUAAUAUUAUACGCUUAAUUAAAUUAAAAAAUGUUAUUUUGAAACGG